CAUACAUUCAUAGAUAGAUACGCAGCGGGAAAAACAAUAAAACAUUCAAAACGGUCUUUUCUUCUUAGUGACAAGUUUAGUUGAUUGUGCGUGUUGUCAGUUACCUCCGAUGAUUAAAGCGCUAGAAGGAGAAGGGCAAAAAUGAAAAUGAUGUGUUUACAGAAACGCAACAACAUCGUCACGGUUCGUCCUGUUCGUAAGUAACUCCCUGAUCUUCCCUCUAUUCAUGAGACUUCCAUACACAUGGUACAUGGACUGCCAUCAACAAAAUAACGAGACCUACGCGGAAUCCAAUCGAUGUACAUUCGCAACGUUCCUUCCACUCUCAGCGUCAUCCACACCAUUCCUUCCUAGCAUCUCAGUAUUCUUGGUGGAGGGGAAGCAUGUUGUCGUCGAUGGUGGCGAUGGUGGUGAAAUUCAUAUGUUGUCGAUUGUCCGUUGUAUCCAGCCCAUUGAUACUUUUUCUUGCUCGCUCAUUCCCUCAUUCCCUUGCCCCCUUGCUCUCGUGAGCGUCACUGUCCGCUACACGCUUUUCGCUCUUUACUUUACACUCUUCGAUUUACAUAUACUCUUCGCUCUUCGCUUUUCGCUGUUCGGGAUAUUAUUCAAGCCCACGGGCAAGUUCCCAUCAGAUCAUCGGGACUUCCUCGGCCGCCCGUCAAGGUGGUCAAGGUCAUCCAUCAGUGUUAAUAACGCUGCCCUGUCAAGGCAGGCCCUCAAGGUUCCCAAGUUUGCCUCUGCCAUGCAGUCCACUCUCCUGUUUCCCACCUGACACCUCCAGUCCCAGAUUCCGUGACGGUCGAUCAGAUACCUUGACGGUCCAGGUAAAUACCCGAAAUACCCUGACGGUCUAGAAGCGUAUCAUGCCCUUUUGACGACUGAUGGAAAGACCCUUGACACCUUGACGUCCACGACACAAGCGGGCGGCAGCGGGCGGCAAACGGAUAGAACCUAGACGUUGAUCGUAUUGCCUGAUAA